AACUGUUCCUUUAAAGAUUCCUCUCUCCUCUUAUCCCUUUCAUUUAGAAUGGAAAAAAGAAGAAGCCACUUUAUUCAUACCUGUUUUUAUAUAUACAUACACAUGCAGACCAACUACUCUGUCCUUCACCAUAUAAAUACAUCUCAUAUACCUACUUUCUUCCUAUCCUUCUUUCUCACUGUUUCUUUCUGUUCUAUCUAACAAUAUAUAAACAUCGUCGAAUUCUCACCUUAUUCCUCUUUCAAAAUGAAUAUUGCAAUCGAACGCAACCCUUCAAGCAGAAAGUUAUCUGAUCUUGGAGUCAUGUCAUGGCCUAAAUGGUCUUGUCAGCCCGGGAAAUAUGCAUUGGUAUUUGAAGAAAGAGAGACAUGCUAUUUAGUGAAGGGAAAGGUGAAGGUGUAUCCAAAAGGGUCAUCUGAGUUUGUAGAGUUUGGUGCAGGAGAUCUUGUGACCAUCCCCAAGGGACUUAGCUGCACUUGGGAUGUAUCACUUUUCAUCGACAAACACUACAAGUUCGAUCCUCCUACUUCUCCAUAAUUUUUCCUAAUUACAAUCUAGUUUUGGGUUAGUCUUUAUCACCAUGAAGCCUAAAAGACUCUAUAUCCAGACAAUAAAUUAUAGAAGAGAAACCAAAAAGAUAAUGCUUAGAUGACAUAUAAACCCCUACCUAGAUUAUGUUUUCAGAUGUAACUUCUUUGUUGUCACAGAGCAAACAAUUAGCACAUGCCAAUAUUCCUGUCACUUUGAAACUUCUAUUUAUCCACACAACAGUAAAUCAAAUUACAUGUAAAGCUCUCUACCUAGUUCAAAUAGACUAGGGUAGGGGUUGCUGAUCAUUGGAGUAGAUGUACUCAUAAGUUUGAGUUAACAAAAGAUGUAACUCACUUUAGACUACGAUCUCCAUAAUAUAGUGAAGGUUAGUGAAGCAUAUAUUGUGGGUUAACUAUUUACUGUAUAUUAUUUUCUCAGCCUCGAUAUGUAUUCCUGUUUCGUUCUAAAGAAACUUGCUAACUUAAGGAUUCCCAAUAAAUUGAUAUUGUUCUUUA